AUGAAUUCUCAACAAAAUCAAAAUAAAAUUGAGCCCAAACCUGUGCAUUUGUUUCAUGCAGGUAGAAUAACCAUUAUUACAGUAGGCUUGCCAGCUAGAGGGAAGACACAUUUAGCUCGUUCUUUACAUCGUUAUCUUAAAUGGUUAGGCGUGCCAACUAAAGUUUUUAGUGUGGGAAACUAUAGAAGAAAAGUUGUGGGAACAGCUUCAAGUUUACCUCAGGAUUUUUUCAAUCCUAAAUCAAAUGAAGCAAGACAUAAAAUUGCAACAGAUUGUUUACAAGAUUUGAUUGAUUGGUUGGAAAAAGAAGGGCAGGUUGGAAUUUAUGAUGCCAGUAAUACGACAGAAGAAAGACGUAAAGAAAUAAGUGAUGUUCUAAUCAAUCAAUCAAUAUGUGAAAAACCCGAGAUUAUCGAAGCAAAUAUUAGAGGUGUAAAAAUUACUUCUCCAGAUACUCGUAUCAAUAAUCAUGUAGAGCUAUAUGAGCCAAUUUCUAACAUGGCACAUAGUUUUGUCAAGAUGAUUAACGUUGGUGAAAGAAUCAUUGUAAAUAAUGUUAAAGGUUAUCUCCAGAGCGGCGAGUCAACGAAUGAUUUAUCACAAAAGUUUGAUCCAGGGUUAAAUUCGGCUGGAAUACGUUAUGCUAAUAAAUUAAAAAAAUUUUUAUUAGAAUUAAGAGAAAAAGAAAGGAAACAAAGAAUCGAACAAGGAUGGGGCGAUUACGAAAGACCAUUUGGACAUCACCACGUCAAAGAUCAAUUCAAACAGCUAAAGUGUUUGAGAAAGAUGGAGAAUAAAUUUCCAGAUGAUUAUAUAGGACGAAAAAAAGAUUUAUACAAUCAUCGAUAUCCUAGAGGAGAGUCAUAUCAUGAUUUAACGCUUCGACUUGAAGCAAUAAUUUUGGAACUUGAGCAUGAAAAAAAUGAUGUAUUAAUUAUUGCUCAUGAAACCGUGUUGAAGAUCUUGUAUGCUUAUUUAUUUGAUAGACCACAAGAUGAAAUACCAACUAUUGUAAUACCAAAGAAUUAUUUAAUUGAAAUAAUUCCAACAGCAUACGGAUGUCGAGAAAAUAGAAUGCAGAUUUUUGAUAAUGAUUCAUUUGAUGUACCGAUAUUAUCAAGUCUAAAUCGUUAA